AAUAACGCGAGGUUGUUAGGUUGUUCUCUAACGAGAACAAUGGAUGAUGUAAACAUCAACGAAAUUUGCCCUCAUGUGGAAGAGGUGGAGAUGAGCGUAGACGAGGAUAAGUGGAUCAAAUUGAACUGGAUUGGUAAACAAAACAGCGACAAUGAAACCCGUCAAUCGUUGGACGUACAGAAGAAUGAGAAUUCUAAUGUGCAAAAUAAUGUUGACGAGGAUUCAAAUACUGAGAUUACUGAGACUGCACAGACAAGCAGUAGCGAUAGUAAAAUCUCGUUCAUAAAUGCAGAACCAGAGGAUAUAUCCGAUGGUAUAUCUGUCAUAACAGAAAGCGAUGCAGAGAUUGUUAAUACAAAUACGCUCCAAAUCAGCCAAAUUAAGGAUAAAAUACAUGAGCCUCUGCAGAUGAUGGAAAUACAAAUAAAUAAACAAGCAAAUAGGAAUGUUUUUCUGGCUUUUAUAAUUGGUAUCAUUGUUGGUUUCAUUCUUAGCUAUUUUUUUGUAACUCUUGAAACUGAUCCAAUCUCAAAUGGGAUUAAUACUGAAAGUCUUAAGACUGUAAGUCACAAUAUUAUUAAUACUUGCAAAGCCCUAACAGAAGUGAAUACUACGCUGAAUGAAAUUAAAGCACGUACUGCAGUUGAUAAGAAAAUUAUGGAACACUUUGUAGAACUGCUUUUUAAGGAAGAUUCUGCGAAUAUAACGAAUAACAAACCUUCUAUUACAGCAGAAUCUUUCAAUUUUGAUCCACAUUCGUUGGAUCAAGUGUCUCAACUUCAAGUAUCUCUACAUGUAUUAUCAUCAUUAGCACUUAUUCAUGAUAAAAAUAGUUCUUUGAAAAACGAAAUAAAUGAAAUACUGGAUAUUGUGAACGGUACAAAUGCAUUUCAUGAAAACUUGCUAUUAUUUAAUAAUACACAAAACGAGUACAAUUCUCUGGCCUUGAAAAUUUUGCAACAUGAUAGUGACAAAAUAUAUGUUGCUUCUAAAUUAUUUCUCUCUAAUUUGAUAAAAAAAAUGAACGACUUAACUUUAAGUGUGCGCUAUAAAUAUACUAAACAAAGACACAAAUUGAUUAAAAAAUUAUGUGACUUGAAAAAUAUAUUGCCUGAUGAUGAAUUGUUGAAACAAUUAACCGAAAAUAACCAGCUUUUCAAAAAUUAUGAUAAAUCUUGUUCUUCAAACUAUUUAUCAAAAAAAUUGAAUCCAAAAAUGUUUGAAAAAAAGAACACAAAAAUAAAUAAGAAUAGAUCAGGGAAGGAACAAAUCAAAGAAGUCGAUAAUAUAGUUCAUACAAAAUACGAUAAAGAGAAGAGCCAGAAAAUUUAUGAUGGAAAGAAUUCUUUAAGUAAUGAAAAAGUUAAGAAUGAACAUUAUACUAUCACAAAGAUUUCCCAAAAUGCUAGUGAUAAAAUACAUAAUACUUCUCAGCUAUUUCCAUCAGACUUGAAAGAAAAAAUGAAUAGAAAAAUGUUGAAGCAUAUAUGCACUAAAUAUAAUGAAAAGAGACACAAUGCAUGGUUAAAAAAUAAGCAUCAUAAAGAUAGUAAAUUCUUAGAACAACCAAUAGAAAAUGAAGAAAACAAUAAAGAGUCAUUUAAUUGGUGUAUAAAAGAGAAUGAUUAUUUACAAUCAAUUGGAAUACAAAAAGACAUGUCAAAGGAUAAUUUCGAUAAUAUUUUAAUACAAUUAUUAGAAGAUGUAUGUCCAUUUUCAACCAAUUCUUGUCCAGGAUUUAAUAAUGUUAAUGAUGUACCUGUAAUGCCUAUCACAUCAAGUUGUAAAACAAAGAAUUGUAUUGCUAAUUCUAACAACAAACAUGAUACAAAUAGUAAAGAAUCUGUAUUGGAUUAUGAAAAUUCUGGAAAAGUUUUGUUUGAGGAGAAUAAACCAAAACAGAAGGAUCACUUUAAAUCGAGUGAUUCCAUUAAAAAGAUUCUUAAUAAUGAUGAUAAGAAUAUAAAACGAAAAAAGAAGAAACUCCCUCGGAAUGAAAUUAAGAAUCGUAUGUCGGAGCAUCUUAAUGAUUAUCAUAAAUCUAAGCAGUCGUUUAACAGCCGCGUAACAAAGCAAAAUAACCAGGAUUAUAUAAAUAUGGAUUGGCAGAGCGAUAAUAAAAGAUUUAAUUCGCGCAGAAAGCAACGGCGGCGUAGCGCCGAUUGGUAUUUUCGAAGAGUAUUUUCUCGUAGGAAAGCGCGAAGACACGCGGAAAAAUUAUAUCAACAGAAUAUCAAGGGGACUUGGCGAUUCGGGAACAUUUGAAUAUAUCGAAAAUAAAAUGUAUAUUAUCGAGAUUUAGACAUAGAUAAUAGAUUUGAAAAUGUAUGCAAUGUGUUAAAUGUAUGGGAUAUUUUUGUGUAAGCUUUUAUACAAUGUUCCAUUCGAUAUGUUAAAUAUUUUUUAAAUAUUGCUGGAAUAUCCAAAUGAUUCCUGAAAUAUUUAUAUAUCUGUAUAUUCGUAAAUUUUACAUAUUAUUUUGUGUUUUAUAAACAUACUUAUGAUUAAUGAAAAGAGAAAUUCCAGAUAAAAGAAAU